AUGAUUGCGUAUUUGGUGAUCAAUAUCGGAGCGCGAAACAACCCUGAUCGUCAGUGGACAGUGAAUUGGACCGGAAUCACAAGGUCAGAUGAUGAAUAUCAAUGGGAUCAGUACCCCACCAGAUCGAUGACACAACAAGCUAGUGAUAUGAUGUGGACUGAGGGGGGUUAUCGAUCACGCACCGGAGAUGAAGAUAUUCCAGCCCAAUCACCUGAUGUACUUAGUACUGAUGUCAGACACCGCCCGGCAUGCAUGGCAGAAAGGACGUACUCCUGGGCUACUAGGAUAUAG